GAACUUUAUCAUCCUACCCCCAAUUGGAUGUUAUUUUGAAAAGUAUUUUUUUAAUAAUUUGGGUUAUCUGACUUUUAACUAGGUAAGUUAGUCUGCUGAGAGCUCAGAAAAUGCCAUAAAGGCGUGCAUCUUCAGCUAGAAGUAUACAAGGCGAAGAAGAUAAAAGAGAGAGACGAAACUUCGGGAGCUUGUAUAAAUUCCAUAAAUUAACAAAAAUUAUAAUUUAAUCAUUUCUGUAAUUAACAGUUUUUAGCCAACGUUUGUUUUCACAAGUGGUGACAUGGUUAAUGUGAUAAGAAGAAAAAAAAGUGGCCAACGUUGUUUUAUGCUCUUAGACCAGCCGCAACGGGGGAUCACCCCGAGUCCUUAGAGCGUAAUGGUCCCCACCGUUUUAGUAUAAUAAUAAUAUAAAGCUUAGCAAACUUAAAGAUUGGUCCGUAAUUAGGUGGUUUACGGACUCGAUCCUUGCGGUUUAUGGACUCGCUAAAUAUGCACGUGUCCGAUUGUGAGUGGACCGGGCCGGUUUUGUGUUUCGUAUGGGGUAAAGUGAUUUGGUCAUUUCGACCGAAGCAAAGAAAAAAAAAUUCGUUUCCUCUCUCGACGGCGAUUCAGCGACUGCUCUCUCUCGGAUCGUGAAGGUUUACUAGAAUGGGACAAUAUAGCUACAGCCAGCCGUCCUCAUCAUCAGAGGACUUGGACAUAACGUCACUUCUCGAUGCUGAAGCUCAGCUGUACGCGGAUGAAGGUCAGAGUAGCUCAGAGGCGGUUCAGUACGAACCUCAACCUGAGGCGGUUCAGUACGAACCUCAACCUGAGGCCGAUGAUGGAAUCCCGACGAUUUGCUACUGUGGGGCUGAGCCGGUUAUAGCAACCGCCUACACUGACAAAGAUCGAGGCCGAAGGUACUUCUGCUGCGUCAAUGCGGAUGAUGGAGACUGUCACAUCUGGAAGUGGUGGGAUGUUGCGGUCAUGGAGGAGAUGAGGGAGUUUCAGUCACUGCUAAGGCGGCUUAAGGAAGAAGGUGAGAAGAGUGAGGAGAAGCUGCUACUGCUAGAGAAGAGUGUAGGUGAGCUAGGAAGGGAGAAUUCACGAGUUAAGCUAAUGGUGUGCCUAUUAGUUUUAAUAUAAUUGGUCUUCUUCGUUCUUCGUGGAGUAGCUUCAAAGGGUUCAAACGGGAGUGUUUUAACACUUGACUUCCUUAACUAAGGUCAAGAAGUCACGGGAGAAGCGGAGAAGAAGUCACGGGAGAAGAGGAGAAGAAGUCACGGGGGUGAAAGCAGUCACGGGUGGUCCUUUUUUGUAGCCCAUGUGAAGAAGUCACGGGGUUAAUGUUUUUCACUUUGUGUAUUAUAAGUACUAUCUCCUUCUCCUUGUUUUCUCAUUAUCAAAACUUUAUAUGAUAAGUUUGAAUGCUUGUAAUAUUUUGCUACGAAGUGUAUCGAUCCCACGGCUUGUAUAACGGCAAAAUGUCAUCAUCUUCAGAGGAUGGAUUGGAUGAAAGAUUGGACGAGAUUUUCGACGAUAUCUGUGACGAUACAAUCGACAACAUCAUCGAGGCCCAAACCAAGAAGCAAAAGAAACGUGCUUAUAUAGAACGAAACCGUGAAGCUGGACACAAUCGUUUGUGGAAUGACUACUUCACCGAACAUCCGACUUACGAGGAACAUUUAUUCAGACGCCGUUUCCGUAUGAACAAGGAAUUAUUCAUGCGUAUUGUCUAUGCCCUCUCAGAGAACGUCCCAUUCUUUCAACAAAGAAGAGAUGCUACCGGGAGGUUUGGUCUUUCUGCACUACAAAAAUGUACGGCAGCCCUUCGUAUGCUUGCUUAUGGUUCUGCGGCUGACGCGGUUGACGAAUAUCUCCGACUUGGUGAGACGACGGCACUUUCAUGUUUACAUCAUUUCACUCACGGAGUAGUACAUUUAUUUGGAGAUGACUAUCUACGAAGACCCACAGCAGAGGAUCUUCAACGACUACUCGAUAUUGGAGAGAAACGCGGGUUUCCUGGGAUGGUCGGGAGCAUUGAUUGUAUGCAUUGGGAGUGGAAAAAUUGCCCAACCUCUUGGAAAGGACAGUACGCCCGGGGAUCAAACAAACCGACAAUUGUCUUAGAGGCUGUAGCUUCACAAGAUCUUUGGAUAUGGCACGCCUUUUUUGGUCCUCCAGGUACCUUAAACGAUCUUAAUGUCCUUGAUCGGUCUCCUGUUUUUUAUGACAUUAUAGAAGGUCGAGCUCCAAGGUUAGAGUACGUGGUCAACGGACACAAGUAUAAGUUCGCUUACUACCUCACAGACGGUAUAUAUCCAAAAUGGUCAACAUUUAUUCAAUCUAUCACACGGCCUCAAUGUGAAAAACGCGGUUAUUUGCUAAAAGACAAGAAUCAGCCCGAAAAGAUAUCGAGCGGGCAUUUGGCGUUUUGCAAGCUCGAUUUGCGAUUGUUAAAAACCCGGCUCUUACAUGGGACAAAAAAAAGAUAGGAAAGAUUAUGCGAGCAUGUAUCAUAUUACACAAUAUGAUAGUCGAAAAUGAACGCAAUGGCUACGGGCGUAUCGACAUUUUGGAAUUUGAAGAUGGAAGCGUGACCAGGAGUUCAGUGGUGGAAACCGAAACCGAGAUGCCUACAAAUCUCAAUAACAUGUUUUCCGAUCAGAACCAGAAAGAGGUUCGGGAUGCGCAUAUACAUGAACAAUUGAAAAAAGAUUUAGUUAAGCAUAUUUGGAACAAAUUUGGUCAAUGAUAAUUAAUAAUUUAUGUAUCUAUGACUUUUAUUAUUGUUUUUUUAAUUUUUAUAAUGCAAUAAAUAAAAAUUAAUUUUCAAA